CCUGCGAAAUCCGCGUCCCUAUCUCACCCCCUCCAACACAGGACUCAAAUACAGAACAACGGUCUAUAUUACCUAAAUGAGAUCAAUGAUCAGAAAUGGAAACCCGCAGAUGCAAUGGUUGGGUAGAUCCUAAAAAUCCAGAUCUCAUCGUUGGAAAGAAGAUGAGCCCAAACAAUGGGGAAGACGACAUCGACAUCUACAUCAUGGCUUGUUUAUCUCAUCGUCUCUUCCCGCAUACGAAAGACAUACGUAGGCGUCACUACCAAUUUUCCUCGCCGUUUGAAACAACAUAAUGGGGAGUGUAAAGGUGGAGCCAAAGCAUCCCGAGCAGGAAGGCCUUGGGCUUGCGCAUGUCUUGUUCAUGGAUUUAAGGGUCGAAGUGAAGCUUGUGUCUUUGAAUCAAAAUGGAAGAGCUUCUCUCGUACAAUGACCCGGAAAAGAAAAACUGAUGAUACAAGUAAACAGGUGGACACUGAAAGCUCACUCCCACUAUUACUCCACAGGAAAGCAGCUUUGGAUAGAGUCAAAGCUUCAGUUGACUGCAGCCACUUAGAAAUUGACUGGCAACUGGACUAUUCGUCAUUUGAUUAAUAUUUGAAGACAAUCAAUAUUUGAAUGUAGAUGAGUGCUCAUCUUUCUCACAUAUCCUUGCUUACCUUUCUUGCUCCACAUGUGUGAACUGUGUACAAGAUCUGAGCUGACAAUCAGGCGUGCCCCCACCAUCAACAUGACGAUAUCCAAAAAUCAUGCUGGACAAACACUCAUAACCACUGGAUUUGAGGAAAAAGAUGCAUUGUUAAAACUUGGAGUUGGUUAGGGGCUGUUUGGGGUGAAGCAUUUGGGGCAAGGAUUUGUGAAAUCCACAGAUUUCAAUUCUCCCAUGUUUGUUUUUUGUUGGUGAUUUGCCAAAUCUGUGCAUUUCCCAAAUCCGCACCUCUAUAAAUCUAUAGAUUUGGGGCAAAUCCAAAUACCCAAAAAAGCUAAAGACUUGUCAAAUCCCCAAAUAAGGUUCUUUUAGAAACCCAAAAAAGUAAUUCCUUCUACUUAUCCAAAAAAAGAAGUAAUUCCUUUGCAAUAAAUGCUCUACCACUGCAAUAAAUACUCCCAAAAUCCAUGGAUGUGUAGUUUGUUUCCCAAACAGUGGACCUUGGGAUUUGCCAAAUCCAAUUAUAAUGCAAAUCCAUGAAUUUGACAAGUUGAUGGACUUGCAAAUCCUUUAUCCCAACUGGGCCGUAGGGAACGCCCCUUUUAGAGGGUAGACCUGGGCUCAAGCUCUGGUGUAGUACUGGUUUCCGUCUGCCUGAGCCAGAUAUGAAAUCUGAUGAAAAGAGAAGAAGAACAUUGAUCAUUGGUCCACAUUCAAUUCUCAAAUUCUGAAGUUAGGAUUACUGACUGUCCUAUUUUUGAAUGCGAUCACAUCCAUGGUGGAGCUCGCCUGUCUGAGCAGUGGGUUGGAUCUGACAAACAUCCCACCGCAAGUGUGUGAGCAAGAUGAGCAUUCCCCCCGGAAUAACAGACAAGAAUCACAUAAUCAAUAAAAGGAGAAGAAGAAUAUGGAAUUAAAAUAUUAUAAAGGUGUAGUAGCACAAUGUGGUCUUUCCAACCUCUAGUGAACAUUUGCUGGGAACUGUUUCUUGUUUCUUUUCCUUGUUUUAUGAUAUAUGAUGUAAGUGGCUGUGCUAUUGUUUACACAUUAACUGAUAUAUUUUUAGCGGUUUCUACCAUAUUUCAUAUUUA